GCCCCGCUUGGGGCGCUAGCGCUGCGGGUCCAGGCGGUGCCGGGGUACCUCCUUCGGCUCAGAAUUCAGCCUUGGCAGCAAGAAAGGGUUACUGACCGCCGAGUCUCCAAGUCCGUCCAGCCUAGAAGGCCCAGCGCGCGACUUGACGCUCGGGUGUCGCUGUCUCUCGUCCCAGCUCUGUGAGGCCCGUGCGUCCAGGUCGUCCCUGUGUCGCGUUCGGGCUGCCGGCGGAGCCUAGUGACCCGGGUCCGUCUUUGAGGGUCCCCUUCCGCGCGUGGGGCCCGCCACCUUCCCGCGGCUUAGCGGGCCGUGUCGGAGCUGCGGUCCCGGGGCUCGUGGCGUCUCCGCCAGUACAAGCCCGUUUUGUCCCGGUCAGGAUCAACGGCCCCUGGGGGAUGUGUACCCGUUUCAGGGCGUGCGUGCUCACACAAUUCUGUUUUUUCUUGUGAGGUAGGUUUAUCCUUGUGCAGUAGUGUUCCUUUCGUAGAGCUCCUUGACAGAGAAUUGAGAGCUAAAGAGUGACUUGUUCAACGUCAGGUAAUUCACCAAUGGGGGUGUUCCAAUGGAAUUUAGGGUCCUUUUUCCUGUCUUAUGUUUUUUUCCACCACAGCGCACUCCCCGGAGGAUGGCAACCUUCUUUAUUUAUGUCUUUUAGAGUUUCCUGGGUAAUGUAGGCAUUCCAUAAAUAUUUACUGAGUCAUAUUUAUAGGAAUCUGAGUAUAUCAGGUUGUCCUCUUUCAAUUGUCUGUUUUCAUAGUAUCAGCCUAGUCUAGUCAAGUUUACCACAUGUAGCCAGUGUUACAGAGUCGGUAGGACGGUGCCUUUGAUUCAAGAAAUCUGGGAAAAGGACUGAGGCAAUUUCACAAAUAUUGGUAACACAGGUUGGAAAGAGUAACACAUAAGCUGAACGCUGUGGGAGUUCCAAGGAAGUGAAAGUUGAUUUGGGGGUAGGGAAAAGUUACAGAAGUCCUUGAGGGAUUUGCCCUGCAGCAGAGAGUGGGGCCAUAUUCCAGGCAGGGAGAAAGGUAAGAGCAGUCUUGAAAGCUUCAGAGAUGAGCAUGUGAGAAAAUCUUUAGUUGUUUCUUUUCUUUUUUUACUCAAUGUAAUUGGGGUAUAUUUAGAGUAAAAGCCUGGAAUGGAAGAGAUUGCAUUUAAUAAAAUAAAGUAAUAAAGAGUAUCAUUUGAGGGUUUUUGAGGGAGGUCCUUUCCAGGGCAGCUCAUCUGGAGCUAAGUUUAAGGUGGGAACAAAAAUAAGAGCCCAUUACCAGGUCAUUAUGCUGCUUUUGCUUUUAGGUACACUGGUGUUACACUCCAAGGCAUAGAUCUUGAUUCUUUUUGAGUGCGAGAAAAGGAUUAAACAGAAGCGAUAAUAGUAUCUGCUGGGAAUUUCCUGGUGGUCCAGUGGUUAGGGCUCCUUGUGUCCACUGUUGAGGGCAUGGGUUCAGUCCCUGGUUGGGGAACUAAGAUCCCACAAACUAUGCAACAUGGCCAAAAAAAAAGUAUCUGUCUAAGUCACUUGAAUAUGUUUCAAAGCUGGUUCGUUUCCUUAGAACUUCAAGUUGUGACUUAGUCUCUUCAAAGUAGUUGCUGUUUCCAGUUUCUCAGAACCACUGGGCAAGAAGUCUGCCACAUGUAACUCAGAGCAUUGAGAUCCUCAUCAUCUGGACCAAGCAGAACAUAAAAUUGGAAUUUGUUAAACUGAAUAAAUGGAAUUCUGCCAGCUGUGCCCCUGAGUGUCACUGGCAGGCCUGAGUCAUAACAUGGGUAGGGAGCUGGUUACUGAAUACAGGGAGGAGAAAGUGGAAAAAGAGACCCUCUGAAAAGAAGAAAAGGAAAGAAAGCACAAAAUACUGAAUUGUGAAUGAGGGCCCCUGAUGACUGUUGUUGUUUGAAUGUUAAGGAUAAGGGCCACAGUUCCUUAUUCUUGCUGAGGAACCCACUAAAGUCCCCUGAAAAUCUUCCCUUUUGAUUUCACCUUUCUCUGCCUGGGCACAGUUUGAGAAAUGAUGAAUGUACAGCUGGAAAGCAAUGAAAGCAUGCAGUUUAUUCUGAGACAUCAUACAACUGCCAUAGCAGGCUGAAUGUUUUGGCUGGGUUUAAUGGUGGUGGUGUUGGCUAACAAACACUCUUUCCUUUUUUGGUUAAUAGUAAUCGCCUUAGUUAGAGCUGCCUUUUUUUAGAAGGUUGCUUGAGCUUAGCUUGUCAUUGGCUUCACACCCUAUUCAUUUUUUUAUUCUUUCUUGAGCCUCUUAGUACUCUGUAAAGCAGUUGACAUUUCUUGCAACAAAUGUUAGAGGAAAACUAGUGGUCUGGGUUCUUCUAGGUGAGAGGCUUUUGAGAAUCCUGUGUAGUCAAGAAAUGAAUGAAGGUCAGUCAGGCUUUGCCCUAAAAGAGAAGAAAAAUAACUGAAAUACCAAUCUUUUUUCUCAUUUCUCUGACAUACUUUUCUUUCUUCAUAGCACCUGGAAUGGAUAAAAGUGGCAGUUUUGUUACUUCCCAUGAGGUUGUGUAUCUGGAAGGAGAACCAUGAAAUUAACCUAGAGUAGGACAUUUCUAAAGACAUGGAAUGAAUGGCUUUGGGCAACACCAGGAGGACUUGAAUAUUUGAGGGUGCAGAGCUAUAGAAGAGUUUGCGAACAGAAAGGAUUUAUGGGAAACAGAGAUACGAAUCAUCAAUAGAGAAACCGUUUAAAUUUCUUCAAGCUGUGGAAAAACUGAGUCUUGGGUCAAAUUAAGUAAAAUCUAUGCUGAAGAGAAAUCAAAUGAAAUCUCAAAUGGAGAAAAUUUGUUACUGAACACUCAAUGUAAAUUUAGGAAAACAAUCUCAAGGACAGAUCUUUUAAAUUUUUUACUAUUGUAAAAUUUUUAUAAAACUUUUGGGCUCAUCUCUAAGAACUGCCAUGAUGCUGAAACUUGACAAUAUCCCAAAUAUGGAAGAAUUUUAGUUAUAAAUAACACUUGAAAAUACACAAAAUGUAUACAAGGAAGAAUAUCUGAGAGUGGAAAAGUGCCAAUAACACACAUUAUUUAUAAACUUAACAGAUUACUUUGGUAAACAUAAGAAACACUCAAGUUAAAGCUUAGUCUUUGGGAAUGCUGUAUUGAAUGCAGUAAAUGUUGGAUUUCAUUCAUAUGGACAACAGAACCUACUAACUUUCUUCUUCGCCUAAAGAUUCUAUACUACCGUUCCUGAAUUCCAACUCUCCAGACAUCUCACUGUCAGGGUGGCUUAGUCUUUAUCCAGGUGGACGGACUGCUGCCCAGUGAACACUGGGUAGAGCCAGGUAGAGCAAUAUGAUUACUGCUUUCCUUUCUGGCAGUGAGGAAAAUCAGCUUGUUUCAGGAGAGAAGCCACACUGCUUCUGUUACACAAUAUUAUUCUGUCCUUGCCUUUUAGGCUUUCAUACUCCCUUCUGAAGCACUACUUUUUAUUGAGAUUUAUCUUACUUAUUUAUCAAGUCUGUUCUUGUGAGCGCAUCUCACUUUUUUCUUCCUUUUGUGUCUUUUCCUAUAUUCAGUUAGGAAGAGUAUGCAGGUAUUCCUGUUAUUCCUGACGGGUGCUACUGUAAGGAGAGAGGAAGAGAAGCAGCAGCAUUCAGAAGCAGGGUUCUGAAGAUUGAUCAUCCAUGUCUUGCAGUAGCAACAGCUAGACAGGACGUUAGCAGUGAUAACUCUGAGUUCAGACCUUUACCUCUAGACCAGCACUAACUACAUGAGCCUUUAUCCCUUUUAGGGGUAUGUGUACCCUUCAGUAUAAACGCCUGUGCCUUCUGGGAGUUUGUGCUAGUUUUUGGAAGGGAUGGGUUUUUUUUUUUUCAUUUUUUUUCUAAUUAAGUAAGGCUUCUUUCUUUUUACCCCUAUCGAUUGUUUGAAACCAAAUUCAGUAUGAAUAAGAGAGGGAAAUAUACAACACUGAAUUUGGAGGAGAAAAUGAAGGUUCUAAAUAGGAUUGAAGCUGGAAGAUCUCUUAAAACUGUAAUGGAUGAAUUUGGAAUCAGUAAGUCAACAUUUUAUGACAUUAAAAAGAAUAAGAAAUUGAUUUUGGACUUUGUACUGAAGCAGGAUGUGCCAUUAGUAGGGGCUGAGAAGAGAAAGAGAACAACUGGAGCCAAAUAUGGCGAUGUGGACAACGCUGUCUACAUGUGGUACCAACAGAAAUGCUCUGCUGGUGUCCCUGUGAGAGGUGUGGAGCUUCAGGCUGCUGCCGAGAGAUUCGCACAGUGUUUUGGGCGAACAGAGUUCAAAGCUAGCACUGGUUGGCUUUUUAGGUUUCGAAAUAGGCAUGCAAUUGGGAACCGAAAAGUAUGUGCGGAACAAGUCCUAAGUUCAGCUUCGGAAAAUGUUGAGUCAUUUCGACAAAAACUGUCCAUGCUUAUCAAAGAAGAGAAGUUGUGUCUUGCUCAGCUGUACAGUGGGGAUGAGACUGACCUCUUUUGGAAGUCAAUGCCAGAAAAUACUCAGGCAAGCAGAAAAGAUAUUUGCCUGCCAGGGAGGAAAAUAAACAAAGAACAAUUGUCUGCUCUUUUAUGUGCAAACGCAGAUGGUACUCAUAAGUUGAAGUCAAUCAUUAUUGGAAAAUCAAAGCUGCCCAAAAGUGUAAAAGAGGACACAUGUACAUUACCUGUGAUAUACAAACCUAGUAAAGAUGUUUGGUUCACCAGAGAAUUGUUUUCAGAAUGGUUUUUUCAAAACUUUGUUCCUGAGGUCAGGCACUUCCAACUUAAUGUUCUAAGAUUCCAAGAGGAGGAUGUCAGGGCCUUGUUACUUCUGGAUAGUUCUCCAGUUCACCCUUCUACUGAAUUACUAACCAGUGAGGAUGGUCGAAUAAAAUGCAUGUUCUUUCCCCAUAACACUUCAACCUUAAUUCAACCAAUGAAUCAAGGCGUGAUCUUGAGCUGCAAACGACUUUACAGGUGGAAGCAACUUGAGGAAAGUCUUGUAAUUUUUGAAGAAAGUGAUGAUGAACAAGAAAAAAGAGAAAAAGUAGUUUCCAAGAUUAAAGUCUACAGCCUAAAAAGAGCAGUUUUUAACUGGGCAAAGAGUUGGGAUGAAGUAAAGCAAAUAACGAUAGCAAAUGCAUGGGAAAAUCUUCUUUACAAAAAGGAACAUGAAUAUGAUCUUCAAGGCUUAGAAGAUGGGGAUUAUAGAGAAAUUCUUGAGAAAUGUAGGGAGUUGGAAACCAAGCUGGAUGACAAUAGGGUAUGGUUCAAUGUGGGUGAAGAAGAAAAGAGUAGCCCCCCAGAAGCAAAAGGUGGAAUUACAAAGAAAGUUGUUCAAAAAGGAGCUGAAGAGGAGGCUGAUGAAUUUAAGUUAUCUGCUGUAGGAAAGAGUUUGGACUACCUACUUGACUUUGUCGAUGUCACACCUGAGUUUCAAAGGUUCCAUUUUACACUGAAAGAGAUGCAACAAGAAAUAAUCAAGAAACAGUUCCAGAAUAGAAUCCAUUCUAGAACUGGUAGCUUUUUGAAACCGAGGCCUCAUAAUAUUAAGUAUUCCUUCAGUAUUCCUUCAACUUCUGGUUGUAAUAAUUAGAUGUUGUGUUUAAAGAUUUCUGCAGUUUUGUGAUGAUACAUGAACUAGACCUGUUGUGGAUUGUCAUUGUUUUUAUCAACUGACCUCACUUUGCAUAGCAAUGCCCAUUUAUAUUGUUUAUAAAAUAAACAAU